GCUCGGCCCGCUGAGGGGGUGCGGAAGCGCGCUCUGCUGAGGGCGGCGGUGCCGGCUGGGCUGCGGCGCGAUGCGGGGCGGCUGCCGCCUCUUCCCGGUCCUGCUCCUGGCGCUGUUGCGUGGGCUGUGUCACGGGAGGGAACCGGCGCCGGGCGCUGUUACCUGCGGCUCGGUGCUGAAGCUGCUCAACACCCGCCACAGCGUGCGGCUCCACUCGCACGAGGUCAAGUACGGCUCCGGAAGCGGGCAACAGUCGGUGACAGGAGUUGAAGCUUCAGAUGAUGCUAACAGUUACUGGCGGAUUCGUGGGAAGAGUGAUGGCAGUUGCCAGCGUGGGACACCAGUGAAAUGUGGGCAAGCUAUACGACUUACGCACGUUAACACAGGAAAAAAUUUACACACUCAUCACUUCCCAUCACCACUCUCCAAUAACCAAGAAGUAAGUGCCUUUGGUGAUGAUGGUGAAGGAGAUGACCUCGAUAUAUGGAUUGUGCAAUGCAGUGGGACUUACUGGGAGCGGGAGGAUGCAGUGCGCUUCAAGCACGUAGGAACUGAGGUGUUCCUUUCAAUAACAGGGGAACAGUAUGGCCAUCCCAUUAGAGGCCAGCGGGAAGUUCAUGGCAUGCCUACUGCUAAUCAUCACAACUAUUGGAAAGCAAUGGAAGGAGUCUUCAUCAAACCCAGUAUGGACCCUGCAAAACAUGAUGAGCUUUGAAUUGACAGAGGAUCCAAAAUGCUUCAGCUUACUCCAGUGUUCGGAGAUGCUAAUCCUUGGUCUCUUAUAAGUCCCGCCUUGCCUAAGUGACUGAAUUUCUGUAUUACUGAAGGGCAUUAGUUCAUUCUAGGAAUGCAGCACUUCUGUGGGGAAUGGCAUCUGCCAGGUUCAGCCAUUGAAAUUUAUUUGGCGAAAUCCUUUCUGAAUUUUCGAGUUUAAUUAAUGAAACUAGUUCUUACAUAUGUUAGUUUUCUUUGUCAUUUGUUUUGCUUGUUACUUUUUCUUGAAUUCGAAGGAAAUGGAAAAACUCAAGUAAUACAUUUCUGUAGUCCCAAGAACAAUAAAACAUUGUAUUUUGUAAUCUUUUUCCAAUUAUAAUUAAAUAUUUGGAAACUGAUUUCUACUUCUUAGUGAAAGAAUGUUAUUAAUGAGGAGAUGGAGUAAGUCUAGAAAGGGAAAAAUAAUUCUUGAAUAUGGUGUCAGCUAUUCAGCCUUCCAGAAAAAUUAGUUUCAUUGUGUACUGUAUUGGAAGAGUUGAAAAUAUUGUGUUUGUUGGAGUAAGAAGACAAAUGUUUUAACUUAUUCACUUUCUCCGAGAAGUUCAGAGUUUCUGGUAAUGGUGAUACUGCUAAUUGUCAAAUGGUAGGACUGUUCUGCUCUAUGAACUGGUGCAGAAAACUACUGUUUGUUUAAUUAAUAUUAGAAUUUUAUAAAAUUCCACGUUGUGCAAAGGAACAGUUGAAUUUGACUUAUGUUGUACUUGCAUGUCACUCUGCAAGAUCAGUAUGAGAAUCCAGAUGAAUAAAUAGUCGGGCAUAUACCCAUGUGGGGUUUUUUUUGUGUGUGUGAAUCCAGAAGAAGAGAAAAAAGAAUCUUAGACAAUGGCUUGGUCCUGGAUUUUUGACAAAAUUGUAUGCUCUGGAGUGCAAGGAAUCUUCACUGAACAGUUUAUGAAUUUCUGUGUUCCUCUCCCUCUGUGAAAAGAGAAAAAACCCUAAUUCUUGAAUGUGUGUGUUACACGUUGUUACUGGAAAUACUGAUUAAAAUUCAAAGUACCAUACGUUUUCUAUUUGCUUUAAACAGAAGAGCUCACAAAAUGACUGUGAAGAGUCAGAAAAUUCAGAUGUUCUUGUUUCCAUGUGUAAAUAGUUUACUGAUUAUGGUCUUAAUUAGCCAAUCAGUUAAAGAAGCAGGAAACUGAUUUACUGCUUUUACAGCUCCAGUCAUGUGCUGCAGCAUUAGAGAGAGUGUUGUGUUGAGAAAGUGUAACAGGCAAUUGCAGUUAAGCUUUAUAAAUAUACCUACUGAUAUGCACCUCGUACUCUGUGAUCCCUUGGCAGUUGUACUGAGUACGGGCUAGCUUUGGGUUUUAUUUAAGGGUUUGCUCCUAGUGAAGAUCCUUCAUACUCUAUGGAACAAGGAACCUCUGUAACAGUUGUUUUGCGUACCUGAUUAUUUUUCUUCAAAGAAAAAGGUAAGACUAUUUUUCUACGAAUCUCAGUUGCCUGUGGGUAUUUAAGGAUUGCGAGCAUUUUAGAGAGUAAGUAGAUUAGCUUUUGCUGUUUUGUAUUAGAAGUAAACUUUUAUGUGAUGAAUGUUUUGGGUUCACUGAUAUUUCUGACUAAUUGGUAUUGAAGUUGUAGCUAUAAAGGAUAACUAUUUAAAAACAAAACAAACCUGUGUAAACAAGCUGACUUUCCCUUUGUUAAAAAGGAAGGCUUUUCUUUUGAAGUUGGUAUAUGAGUAAACACAGAAAGAGUGGUAGCAGGAGGAAGAAAUAAAUUUGGCGAUGAGUUCUCUGUCACUAAGAGCUAAAUACUUUAUGCCUAAACCAUAUGAGCUUAGUGUUUGUGCACCUGUGGAAUACAGGGUUGGGUGAGAAGGGGUAGAGCUGUGUGGCUCAUCUCAGUGCAUGUGCCAGGUACUAUCCCUACCCAAUGUUUAUCUCUGCCUGGAUGUUUUUGUCCCUAGCAAAGGUAUUUAUUAUACUUGAGUAGGAUCUUACUGGACCUUCUUCUUUCUGUUCUGGAUUUGAGUUGAAAUGGUUUGGUGAGGCUGAGAAAGAACUAACUUUUAGUUCUUAUUGCUUAUUUUCUAAUAUGAUCUCACCUUUGAAAACAUUUGUACCUUCUGUUCCUAAAGAAGAACCAAGCUUACACACACACAAGUGUCCGUGAAUGUUUCAUUUAAAAACAUAUUCAACAAUAUUCCUGUGAACUGAGUUUCCUUCCCUUUUGAUUCUAACUGAAGUGUAAAAGUCACUUGGCCUUAAUAUUUCAGUUGUGCAUGUGUCACAAUAGUUGUUUUUGUGGGUUUUUUGUUGGUUUUGGUUGGGUUUUUUCAAUUCUUACCACUAUAAAAGUUGUGCUGAAGGACUUUUACAAAUAAGGAAAGGUCUAAUAUAGUACUAAAAUAACUAUUGGUACUCAUAGCAUGCUAGAUGCAGCCUACAAAAGUCAUAAAUUAAUGUAGGAAGUGAAAGCUUAUAGCUGUGAAAAAUGAUGGCUUGUGCAAGUGCUAAUGUGCUUUCCUUUCUAUGUACCUUCUACAUUUACAAGACUUGCUUUAGUAUCUGUUUAAUGUCAUAUUUUAUGCUUUAAAUUAAAGUACUGAGAUUUCA